UGCCCUGAGAAGUCCGAAGUAGACAAUUUUGUAUAGAAAAAAAUCCAAAUUCAACGUGAGCAAUCCAAACCAGAUUGGACGGAUGGAUAGCUCGGUGCCAUCCGGAGCCGAAAGCGGUCUUAUCAAGGAGUACAAGGACUUUGCCAAAUGCCUGGACGAACUGGAGUUCAAGACCGAUGAGCUGCUAAUCGAUGCUAAAAUGGUGGAUCAGGAGUUGGCCAACUGCCACAAGUUUCGCGAGGAUCAGCUGCUGAAGCAUCUGACGGAGAAGAACGACGACGACGAGCAGAUGCAGUUGCUGCGGGAAAACAUCGAGCUCAAGGCGACCGGCGUUGAGUUCCAACACGGCAUUGAGCUGAUCAUGGAGAAGUACCGUGAGCACAGCGAAGGGGACAUGUUAAUCGAUACCUACCAACUGAGGGAGCACUACCUGGCCGGUUUGUCGAAGGUGGUCGAAGAGCAGGAUGCCCGCAUCGAGCGUAUGGUUGAUGUGAUGAAGCUAACUGUCGACUUCGAGGACCGGAGCAGUGCCGAGAACCAGCAGAUCAUUUGCCAGCUGACUGAUGAAAAUGAGCAGUUGCGUCGUCAGUUGCAGAUCAGUACCACCGAUGAGCUGUUCCGCCAGGGAGCACUGAGCUCCAGCGAAAGUAGCACUCAGAUCGGACCAAACGAUUCUUUGGAUUCGAGUGCCACCCGGGAGAAUAGCAUCUACAGCAUAGAUAGCUUCCUCUCCUGCCUUUCGCCGAGCAGCGUGGAGGAUGAUUCGGAGUGCUCAUCCAACAAUUCGCUGCUGAGUGAGCUGGAAGUCACUUGCUUUAUUGAGGAGGCUCUGGCCGAGAAGCCCGAGGAGUAGACCUACAACAUGGACGAAUAGGCACAACACACGUUCCUGCCCCACUGCAACACUGGCUGUUUACGUUGAUUGAAUACUUGGUACUUGGUACCCGAAAUAUAAUUUCAUUCGAGGCUACACUAUCCACACACUACUAGCUGUCUGUUAGCUGUUGCUGUUCUUUCAUAAAGAUCUAUAUACCAUUUGCACUCCUAGGAGAUUAGUUGCACUUAAAUACCUGCUCAAUCUUUGCCAUUAUGAUAUCAAUCUCGGAUCCUUGGUCCUGGUGGCUGAUUGUCGGUGCCCAAGUGACGGUGGAGCUGCUGGCCGAUGUAGGAAUGGUCGCGCCGCCACCGGAGGACACGCUCCCCAUUCCGGAGCAGGCCGAGCGGGAUGCCUGUUUGGCCUUCAGAGCCGACGUCAGUUCGAUUUGCAGCUCCUCGCAGCGCACAUUUUCCAGCGCAACCUAUGGAUUUUUAGAGUUCAAUACGAUUGAGUAGAUAUGAUUUGAGGGCAUAUAGUCACCUUCUUUUCCAGUUCCCGGGCUCUCGACUGCAGAUUCUCCACCGCCUCGGCAUCGGGACGAGCGCUACCGCUCAGAUUGCGUAUUUGUGCCAGGGUUUCCUAGGAUAGCAUAUAUAUAUAAAUACAGAUAAACAAAAUGUUCUAUAAAUCCUAUAACAAUACAAUUGCAAUAUACUGUUCUUAAAAUC